AUGGAGACAUUGAUAAAAGAUGUUGAUGGACAACUUCAGUACAUGACGCAACAUCAAGACAUCGCGCUAAAAAGUUUAGCAUACCUACGUAGAAAAAUUAACGAGAGGUUCGAUCAACUUCAGAAAGAGCUUACGGACAAAUUAACAAAACCAUUCAAAAAGGAGAAUUCAAACUUGGAUAUAUCAAAACUGAAAUGUGAACGAUUGAUGUUCGCUAUGCAGAAUACACUAACGUCAUCCACGGAUACGGCCUUGAAGGACGAUACCGUGGGCACGAUCUGUCUGUUCCAGAGAGGACAGGCAGAGCUCGAGUCCUGUAAAGAACUCAUAAAAGAAUUGGAAGGGUCGUCUCAAUCUACCCGUCUGAGUCAUGAAUAUGACUCCAAGAUACUCGCAUUGGGGACCAAGAAAGGUAUUAACAUGGGAAUGAUAGCCAUUCAUCAACUACAGAGGAAACUUCCAUCUACUUUAAAUUGUACACCGUUCUACGAACGUCAAUUGAAGAAGACAAAAAGGUUGAAUAUCAAAGUUGCCUCUGACGAGAACAACUGUUGUGCGUUAGGUGUAUUGCUCAUGUCCGGUGGCCGGAUCGUUGUCGGAGAUUAUGCAAACAAAAAAGUGAAACUGUUCACAGAAAACGGGAAAUUCCAAUGUGAGGUGGGAUUGGCUGAUGAACCUUGUGAUAUGUGUCGUAUCGAUGAGAACACUGUGGCAGUGACACUGAUAAACAGUCAAACAAUAUGUAUUGUCAAUGUCGUGGAUUCAACUUUGACACUCGCAUCUGAAAUAGAAAUUCCAGACAUUACUGGAAAAUGCCUUAUUGUAGGCACAAAAACCGCACUUUACGGUGUGUCGCAAAACGGAGGUGAAGCUACAAAGCUCCGGGAAAUUGGAUCAAGAUGUUUGCAUCUCGCCAGUAAUCAGAAGAAUGGACACGUCUUUGCUAGCAUCGCUUCCUCUGUAUUUGACCAAAUUGCCGUAACACGGCUGUCUGACGGGACUCACACAGACGUGCUGAAGGUCGGGGUAGUGGAUGGUACAACGGGAAUAGAUGUAGACAGGGAGGGUAACGUGUACAUUUGUGGAGGAAAUUCUGGCAACGUCAUACAGAUGUCAGGAGACGGAACUAAUGUCAGAGAACUACUGACGUCAUCGGAUGGAAUAAAAGACCCGAGGGCAAUGUCCGUGUUGGGUGAUACAUUAGUGGUCACAAGUGAGUCAGCAGAGGUGUUAAAGCUUGUUUGA